GGGAAAGCAACGAAUAUCCAGUUUACUUGCGGCCUCGCAGGCCGUUCGAACGACGAGCGGUCGCGUCCCACUUCUUUCCAUCGGUUUCCCAUCGCGAUGUAAACAGAGGGACUUCAACAAAAAUCGAGUAUAAUCUUCUUAUCUUCUACAAACUUCCUGGGUCUAAAGCGACCCGGAUCGAUCAGAACGAUUAAUCGAUACCUGAUGUUAUCUGCACGUGGCCCUCCCUGAAAUUGAGGAUUGUUAACCCAUAAAGUGGCCCAGAUUUCACUUCCUUCGAUGGUUAAGAAGAUCAAGAUUUUGGAUGAAUAAUUAAAAUUAAGAUCCAUACUCUGCAGUGUUAUUAAAAAAAAAAAUUGUUAAGUGAAUAUUUAAAAUGAUCAACAAUCUAUAUUUUGGACUAAUGAGAUUCAUCGUUUAAUUAGUGAUUGCAUCUAUUUUUGAAGUAAGAGAUAUGAAACUUCAAGAUUUUUUGAAAAAAAGAAAAUCAAAGACAGUCUUCUGGUGUUCAAGAAUUAACAGUUUCUGUAUCGUGGACGAAGAUGUUAGGUAAAUGUUCACCUUUGGGUGCUAUGGGUGCUGGUUCCUUUGGGUGACACUGGUUACUGCGUUGGACUUUGAAAAAUGUUCUGACCAGUGUUAAUUAAACGUGUUUAAUUAUAAUUCCUCUAAUUGGAUACAAUGGUAAACUGAAGUGAAAGUUGCAAACUAAUUGCGCUAAUGAUCAGUGUUAAUUACAGUACCUCUGGAAAUGAAUGGUUUUCAAUUGUCUCCCUCGACCAAUGCGAGGUCAAUUGUAAAUAUUUGAUGAAUUUUGAAGAAAUGCGAGCUUCCAGAAGAAGAAUUAUUUAUUGAACGAACUGAAAUAAUGUAAUUACCUUUUUAUGGCAAUCGAUUAAUCCUAUCAAGGUGCUUUGGAAAAUAGUGUCAUCUCUGAAGAAUUUUCGAAAAAGUGUCGAGAUGUGGAAAAUUGAAGAAUCAGUGAGUUGAUUGUAAAUUGAACAGAUAAAAUCGUGUAGGAUGAUUAUGGCUUUAAGUUUCGAUAUGAUAAUGGAAAGGUGUAGCCGGUCGGGAACCAUCGCACCUGUGGAACCUUGAGACCGCCAGUAUGUUCGAACAGCGAACAAAGAUGCAGCUGGUCUCGACCACCCCCCAGAAGCGUGGGCCGAAUGAAAAUCCAUCCGGGAAUCAACUCUCCUAGAGUAUCUCCAAACAAACCUCUCCAGAAUCUCGAAUCGACUCGAAACUCGUAUAAACUCAACCGGGCCGACGAAUCCAACCCGAUUCACUUUUACCCCAUGAAACCAUAUUUCGCGUCCUCGCGGUGAAACCCAGCUUCGUUUCGAUGGCCAUUAGAGAAUUUAUCGACGUCGUCGUCGAAGAAGCGGAAGAAGGCGAGGAACGACGUCACAAACCACGGUAACGAAACAAAGAAAAUCAUUGAAAUAAACGAACGCUAUGGAGCUGAACGAAACGAUGGAUCAAGAUCCAGCCAACUCCACCGAUCUAUCGGAUCUAAAAAUUCUCAUCGAUACCGGUCAAUCGAAUCGUUCGAACGACUUCUACGACCUGAAGAGACACGAUCUCGAAUAUGUCCUCCUGUUAACCCUGAAGGCUACCGUGAUGGCCUUCAUAAUCAUCUGUGCCCUGUUCGGUAAUUUGCUGGUGAUAGUGUCGGUGAUGAGGCAUCGGAAGCUUCGAGUAAUUACCAAUUACUUCGUGGUCUCGUUAGCGUUGGCCGACAUGCUGGUCGCCAUUUUUGCGAUGACCUUCAACGCUUCCGUCGAACUGUCCGGUAGGUGGUUGUUCGGCUACUACAUGUGCGACGUGUGGAACUCGUUGGACGUGUUCUUCAGCACCGUCUCUAUACUUCAUCUAUGUUGCAUCAGCGUCGAUCGGUACUACGCGAUCGUCCAACCGUUGGACUAUCCGCUGAUCAUGACGAAUUUACGGCUGAGCACCAUGCUGAGCGUGGUCUGGUGUUCGCCGACGGUGAUGAGCUUCUUGCCCAUCUUCGCCGGCUGGUACACCACCGAGGAACACCUCCAGUUCCGUAGGAAGUACCCGGACGUGUGCGUGUUCCAAGUGAACAAACUGUACGCGAUAAUCAGCUCCAGUGUCAGCUUCUGGCUACCCGGGAUCAUCAUGAUCGCGAUGUACUACAAGAUCUACAGGGAGGCUGAUCGACAGGAGCGGAUGUUGUAUCGGAGCAAAGUUGCGGCUGCGCUUUUGAACAAGCAUCUGCAGAUCAAUGGCAUUUCCGCUGGUCUGACCACACUUCCGACAGUGGAUCAAUCAUCGCCAGAUCCACAACCAGAGGAUCCACCGAUCACUAGCAGCAGUAAAAUGAGGAGAGAACGAAAGGCUGCCAGGACACUUGGAAUCAUCAUGUCAGCGUUUCUCGCUUGUUGGCUUCCUUUCUUUCUUUGGUACAUCAUCACAUCUCUCUGCGACACCUGCGAGAGCAGUGAUGCGGUGGUCGCGGUGGUGUUCUGGGUGGGUUACUUCAACAGCGCCCUCAACCCACUGAUCUACGCCUAUUUCAACCGAGACUUUCGUGCUGCCUUCAGGAAGACCCUGGAGAGCUGUUGCGUGGCAAUCGGGCCGGUCAGGGAUCUUCGACAGGUGCACAGGAAACAGGACCUGGUGCACAGCAAUGCAUCCUCGGAAUUGCACGUGAAUAAUCAGUUGAGAACCAGCGAGAUGACCAACGUACACAUCGAGGCGUGCAUCUGAAUCCUUUAAAGGAUAUCUUCCUCGAUAAAUUAUACUGGGUGUAUCGAAAAUUAACACAUUUGUCACCUCAGAACGAACUGUAAUUAUACUGGAUUGGUAAUUAACCUUUCGUUGCAUCAUUUUUGUUUAAUUUUUUAAAAAAGUAGUCACAGAGUAAAGUAUACAAUUAUUGACCCUUUUUCUAAAAAAGUACAUGUAAUGUGUUUCUUUCAUAAUAAAUUAUAAUUCUAUUCGAAAUAAAUAAUAUUUGGAUCACGAAAUUAUAAUUAUAUUUUAUUAUUUAAUUAAAGUUAAACGCAU